ACACGUUUGUGAUAAAUUCCCCACCGGCUCCACCAAUAAGGAAACUAUAAACUUGAACCAGACUUUCAGUUCCCUACUGUUUUUAUUUUGUGAAUAGUGUGAUUUAUUCAGGUAACAUUCAUAUCUGUAAAUCACGCAUUUAAGAUCUGUAUUAACUUCAAACAGAAAUGAAGAGGCUGUGUCUUUUGUUUUUUUUCUAUGUUGCUGCGACUUUCGCCAGUGCUGAUGAGAUGAAAGCAGCCACAGUGUACUGGGAUGCUACACAUAAGACUGUACAACUGAAAGAAGGAGUGAUAGAAAAAGAGGGGGAUGCAUAUGGAUACCUCAAUGACAGCCUCUCUCAAACGGGCUGGAGUGUACUGGAGAUCCGUGCAGGGUAUGGGGAGACCCUUGAGCAUGAUGAGGUCACCUACUUCCUUGCAGGAUACUUAGAGGGCUUCCUCACUGCACCGCAAAUGAUUAGUCACUACGCCAACAUGUAUCCCCAGCUGAUCAAGGACCCCAAAGUUUUAGGUCCAGUGGAGCGCUUUAUGGUGAAGCAGGACUCGUGGACCAGGGAGCAGGUGAAACUGAACAGGAGCUCUGAUCCUCUGUGGCACCACACUGGCUUCAUAGUUGCCCAGAUGGACGGACUUCAGGCGGGGGUCGCACACUGGGCCAAGAAACAAGGGAAAGAGCCUUUGUCCCUAUUUGCUGUCCAGUUCCUGAAUGCGGUGGGAGAUCUGCUGGACCUGAUUCCAGCCCUGGUCCCUAGCACUGAGCCUCCUCUCGGAAAUUUCAAAUUACCCGGAAUGGGCCACUGCUCUGCCCUCAUUAAGAUGCUCCCUGGGUUUGAGAACCUGCUGUUUUCCCACUCUAGCUGGUAUACAUACGCUGCCACCAUGCGCAUCUACAAGCACUGGGACUUCCACCUCAGUGAGCCCCACACUGCCACGGGCAAGCUGUCCUUCAGCAGCUACCCAGGCUUCCUGGUGUCUCUGGAUGACUUCUACCUCCUGGGCAGUGGCCUGAUGAUGACCCAGACCACCAACAACGUCUUCAACACGUCCCUCUUCUCCCAGGUCACGCCCCACAGCCUUCUGGCCUGGCAGAGGGUGCGUCUGGCCCACUCCCUGUCACACACUGGGGAGCAGUGGGCCAAUACCUUCUCCAGAUACAACUCUGGCACCUAUAACAACCAGUACAUGAUAGUGGACAUGAGAAAAGUGACCCUGGGCCAUAGUAUAGAGGAUGGGGCUCUGACAGUGGUGGAGCAGAUUCCUGGCCUGGUAGAGUUCUCUGACCAAACUCGGGCCCUGCGCAGGGGUUACUGGCCCUCGUAUAACGUGCCUUUCCACCCAAAGAUCUACACCCUGAGUGGCUAUGGGAAGAUGUGGGAGGAGUACGGGGAUGACUUCUCCUAUGACCUCUGCCCCCGGGCCAAGAUAUUUCGUCGGGACCAGGCUGAGGUUAAGGACCUAGACUCCCUCAAACACAUCAUGAGAUACAACGACUACAAAAAUGACCCCUACUCCAAGGGUGACCCAUGCAAGUCCAUCUGUUGCCGUAAUGACCUGAGGGAGAAAGACCCCAGCCCAGGAGGAUGCUAUGACACCAAGGUGACUGAUUUCCACAUGGCGCAAGAGUUCAGAGCGGAGGCGGUGAACGGUCCCACCACGCAGGGUGACCUCCCUCCCUUCUCCUGGGAGGACUUCAAUAGCACGGCUCACCAGGGUCUGCCAGACCACUACGACUUCCCCUUCAUCAGCAUGCAGCCUGCACUCUUCAUGCCCUGAGAGGUUCCAUAGGGGAGGAGGGAAAAGGUUGGAAGAGUUGCCUAUGGGGUUAGGGUAAUGGUGGAGGGAGGUUAAUGCAGAUAGUAUUAAAGUCUAUCAUCUUUAUUUACAGUCCAAUAUAGUAAAUCAGCCUCGGGGAGAAAUGCUGCAAUAAUGAUCAAGCUUCAAGGAAUUCUUACAUUAUGUGUGUUUUGUCAAUAGCCUACCUACUUUUUUCUUCAUGCACUCAGUUGACCUAUGUCUUGUGACAUUGACUAAGAGUUGCUGCUGUACUGCCGUCAUUUAGACAUAUUUUGAAAGAUGCUGAAUCAAUUUAGAAAAUGAUUGACGCCUGGUUUGUUCGGUGCCAAAUAUUAUGUUUUUAAAUUCAGGUCAAUGACCUAAACCUAGAUUGAAAUUCAGUACCCUUUGUAUUAUAAUCAAAUCCUGAUCUUGAAACUAAUUACAAUCAUGUUGUCAUAUGUUGAAUUCACUAUAUGAUAAUAUCAAUGCAAUUCUCAGGGCUCUUGAUCUCAUGUUUGUUGCAUGGCCUGUUGCUACAGUGGGUGUUUCUAUUUUUAUACAUGGAAGAAUAUCUUUGAACUUUGUACUUGUUUGAUGUCUUGGAAAGCUGCUCUUCAGAAAUGUAUUUUCUAUGAACAUUGUUAAUAAAUUUGAACAGUGCCCAUAA